AUGCAAAAGAAAAUUAACUUCGGGUCUCGAGACGUCGUAGCAAAAAUGGAUUUAAAUGCCGAUGAAAACAUUUCUUCUGCAUCUAAGGAGAAUGAGCCACAAAAUAUAUUACUUCAAAAAGAAAAUAUAUCGGAUUCUUCGUCUAUCUGUAGCCGCUUUGUAUCGACAGUAGCUACUACUAAUACUAAACAUACACAACCGGGAAUAGAAACUUGUCUAAAUGGUGGAAUCAAAGCCGGAAAGAUUUCUAAUGCUAUCAUUUAUAUGUUAGCAAAAGACAAUUUGCCACUAUAUACUGUUGAAAAAGAGGGAUUCAAGAAUCUUAUGAAAGUUACCGUUCCCCUUUAUAAGAUUCCUGGGCGAUCAAAAAUGACAAAUAUGGUAGACGAAAAAUAUAAUAUUCUUUCAUAUAAAAUGAAAGAAAUAAUUAAAAAUGUGACAAAUAUUUCUCUUCGCACCGAUGUGUGGACUGAUACCCUCAACACCAGGAGCUUUUUAGGUCUAACAUGUCAUUUUAUUCAUGGAAAUGAUUUAAAAUCGGUGUCAAUCAGUGUAACAGAGUUAAACCAAAGUCACACCUCCAAUUAUCUAGAAUCCGUAUUGAAGAGUUUAUGUGACACAUGGGGCAUUAAUGAUCACAAAAUUGUUGCUAUAGUGACAGACAAUGUCGCGAAUAUAAAAAAAGCAGUUAUCAAAGCUUUUGGAAAAACCAAGCAUCUUCCAUGUUUUGGUCACACUAUCAACUUGGUAGCUGCUAAACCAUUUGAUAGCAGCACUGAUAUUAAAGAGUUCGUUACUCAAAUCAAAGACAUUGUACGAUACUUUAAACAUAGUAUGGCAGCCUCAGAUGAAUUGAGAAAGUGCCAAGAUAUGAGACAAGCUCCCUUGAAACUCAUACAAUCUUCAGCUAGAAACUGCCCGGACUUAAUAACAAUACUCAAACCCUUGGAAAGUAUUACCAGAGAACUUUCAGGAGCAAAGUAUGUAACUGCAAGCAAGGUAAUACCAAUAGUUUAUUGCUUGCGAAAGGAAAUAAAUUCUGUGCAGACCAAAUCACCAUCAGGAGAAGGUACUAAAAAAUUACUUUUGGAGGAAAUAUCCAGGAGAUUUGGAUCAAUUGAACAAGUAACAAGCUUAGCUAUUUCGACUGUGUUAGAUCCCCGUUUCAAAAAAAUUUAUUUCGAAGAUAAAAUUGCCUGUUUUUAUGCAGUGACAAAAAUUAUGAAUACUCUUUCCGAAAUAAAAGAUGACAAAGCAUUAUUUGAAGAGGAUGAAGUACCUGACGAAGUAGAUGCACCUGGGAAAGAAGCUGCUAGUUUAUGGAGGCACCAUGAUACUUUAAUUUAA